GGAAAAAGAACACAAGAUCGGAUUACAAGAUGGCGGUCUGUGGACGUUAGCGAGAAGGCCGUUAGGAGUUGUUGUUGUUCUCUCUGUGAAUUUUUCCACUGUUUGCUCUAUCAAGGCCCUGCCGUUGAGCUGUUUCACACCGUAAUAUGUUUAUGAACUAGAUACUGAUACCAUAUAUAUUUUUUUUAUUAUUACCUGCAUCUUGUGAAGCUUACUCAGACGUGCAUGUUUUAUAACAUGCGGCUGGAAACAAAGUUAACAGGUCGAGGGUAGGAAGACACCAGACGGGCCUGCUAGCUCCGACUUCAGGUGCUCAACCAUGUCGGACACUCGGCGGCGAGUGAAAGUGUACACGCUGAAUGAAGACCGGCAGUGGGACGAUCGGGGCACCGGACACGUUUCGUCUACGUUUGAUGAACGCGUGAAGGGGACAUCAUUAUUAGUUCGGGCCGAGUCAGACGGUUCACUACUGUUGGAGUCGAAGAUAAGCCCUAAUACCGCAUAUCAGAAACAACAGGACACACUGAUUGUCUGGUCGGAAGCAGAUAAUUAUGACCUUGCCCUAAGUUUCCAGGAAAAAGCCGGCUGCGAUGAGAUCUGGGAGAAGAUUUGCCAGGUUCAAGGCAAGGACCCUGCCUUGGACAUCACCCAGGACCCCAUCGAUGAGUCGGAGGAGGAGCGCAUUGAUGAUAUUCCAGAGACAAGCCACCUGGUGGAGCUCCCACCUUGCGAGCUAAGCCGACUGGAGGAGAUCGCCGACCUGGUUACCUCUGUCCUGUCUUCCCCCAUUCGGAGGGAGAAACUCGCCCUGGCCCUGAUGAGCGAGGGCUACAUCAAGAAACUCCUGGGUCUCUUCAGAGUAUGCGAGGACCUGGACAACAGGGAAGGGCUACAUCACCUCUACGAGAUUGUCCGAGGUGUCUUGUUCCUCAAUAAAGCGGCCCUCUUUGAGGUGAUGUUCUCUGACGACUGUAUCAUGGAUGUGGUGGGCUGCCUUGAGUAUGACCCAGCAUUGGUUCAGCCGAAACGGCACCGGGAAUUCUUGACCAAGACAGCAAAGUUUAAGGAGGUGAUCCCUAUCACGGACUCUGAGCUGCGGCAGAAGAUCCACCAGACCUACCGAGUGCAGUACAUCCAGGACAUCAUCCUGCCCACGCCGUCUGUCUUUGAGGAGAACUUCCUGUCCACACUCACCUCCUUCAUCUUCUUCAACAAGGUGGAGAUUGUCAGUAUGUUGCAGGAGGAUGAGAAGUUCCUCACAGAGGUCUUUGCACAGCUCACAGAUGAAGCCACGGAGGACAGUAAAAGAAGAGAGCUUGUGAACUUUGUCAAGGAGUUCUGUGCGUUUUCACAAACGUUGCAGCCACAAAACAGGGACGCUUUCUUCAAAACGCUGGCGAAUCUAGGCAUUUUACCUGCUCUUGAAAUAGUCAUGGGAAUGGAUGACCUGCAGGUGAGGGCAGCAGCUACAGACAUCUUCUCUUACCUGGUGGAAUUCAGCCCCUCCAUGGUCAGAGAGUUUGUCAUGCAGGAGCCACAGCAGACAGACGACGAUGUUCUGCUGAUAAAUGUCGUGAUCAAGCAGAUGAUUUGUGACUCUGACCCAGAGUUAGGAGGGGCUGUCCAGCUGAUGGGUCUGCUCAGGACGCUCAUCGACCCCGAGAACAUGCUGGCUUCCACCAACAAAACGGAGAAGACAGAAUUUCUGAGUUUUUUCUACAAGUACUGCAUGCAUGUCCUGACUGCUCCUCUGCUGGCCAACACUGCACAUGACAAAAACGCAAAAGACGUGCAGGAGGGAUCAACUAAGAUCAACCCAGUCUGUCCAGACAACUUCCAGACAGCUCAGCUGCUGGCACUGAUCCUGGAGCUCCUGACCUUCUGUGUGGAACACCACACAUAUCACAUCAAGACCUACAUCAUGAACAAAGACCUGCUCAGGAGAGUGCUAGUGCUCAUGAACUCCAAACACACCUUCCUCGCUCUUUGUGCCCUGCGUUUCAUGCGCAGGAUCAUUGGUCUGAAGGAUGAGUACUACAACCGCUACAUCAUCAAAGGGAACCUGUUUGAGCCUGUCAUUAACGCCCUGCUGGACAACGGCACCCGAUACAACCUCCUCAACUCAGCCAUCAUAGAGCUCUUUGAGUUCAUUAAAGUGGAGGACAUCAAGUCUCUCAUAGCUCACAUCGUGGAUAACUUCUACAAAGCACUUGAAUCCAUCGAGUACGUCCAGACUUUCAAGGGCCUGAAAGGCCGAUACGAGCAGGAGAAAGACAGGCAGAGUCAGAGACUCAACAGAUAUCGCAGAGAUGCCCGUUCAGUGGACGAGGACGAGGAGCUGUGGUUCAACGACGACGAUGAUGACGACGACAGCGAAGCUGUGGAGAAGAGCCGAAUGGAGGACGACUUCUCUGACAGCUACAGCAAAUACAUGGAAGCCAAAAAAGGAGCUGCCAACGGAGCCAACGGUGCCAACAACGGGAAAGCUGCUGUAAUUCCACCUGCCUCACCAGCCGCCACUCCAAACAACAGUUCAACUUCCUCCGUCAAAACUGUUGCUCUUCCUGCCACACCAGUCGUGAAGACUGCUCUGGUUGGUUUGGUGGACUACCCCGACGACGAGGAUGAAGAGGAAGAAGAUGAGGAGGAAGAGCAGGCUCCAAGAAAGCGGCCCCGUCUGAGUUCCUAAGGCGACUCGUCCUCUGUUUGGUCGCGGUGGGCGGACAACCGAGUCCCUCCCAUCCUCCCUCCUCUGGUCGUCUCAUUGGUCCUUGGCCUGCCUGUGCCACCUGUCAAGUCUCACUGAGGAGACGGGCAAAGACGAGCUCCCAUCUCCCACUCAGUCCCUCCUGAUCCUCUUUUCUCCCUCAGUGGACGGAGACGGAGACCUUCUCUUUUGUAAAGAAAGACAGAUCAGUCUGUUCCUUCAGCCCGUUGAUUUUUUUUUUUUUUUUUUUUUUUUACCUCUUCCCUUCACCAAACCGCCUCCUCCAGGAGACCCCAAACUCUCCUUUUCUUUCUCCUGAGGAGAAACUCAUUGACCCUUUAGCGAACUCAUUCCUCAAAACACUGUUCUGACCUCCUUCUGAACCAACUUCCUCCUGCUCAUCCCACCAUCCUCCGUACCGUCUCAGAGAGGCUGCAGUGGAAAUAACAGUGCCAAGGCGGUUCCCCCAGCUCUGCUCUGUUGCUAUAGCAACAGUAGCAAGGAAACUGCGGUACUAGAGCAACCCCCCCGCAGGAAAGCCUCACACGUCCUCAUUUGAACUCUCCCUUCCAUCCUUUCUCGAACCCGAACCAGUGAGCUCCAGAGACAGAGGAAGCCAGAACACAACCAGCCAGUGAAUGAACUGUUCAGCAGGCCAGUCAGGCUAGCAGGACUAGCCGUCAUAGUUAUAGAAAGCUUGACUGGCUGAAGUAGUGUGCGCCGCCCUGCCACAGAACUGUUCACUUUUGUCGGGGGAUAGAGGGAUCUAGGCAACAUAGAAGAAUUUAAACAAAAUGUUGAGAGACAAGGGAGGGUGACAAAAUGACAAAAAAAAUUGUACCGGGAUGAAAAACUCAGCCGCAGCGAUGAGGCUUUAGAUCCAGAGGAGCAGGACUCAAUCCUUCAAAAGCCAUGGUGUCAGUUUGGCCAGGGCACACACAGAAACACACACACACACACAACGACGUCUCACACACAGGACUGCAUUAGCCAGAAAUCCUGUAUUUCAUGAAUUUUGUUAAAGUACUGUACAGAUGUUUUUCUUUUUUUUUGUUUUUCUUUUUAAUCAUUUGCCCCUGAUCUGAUUUUCAAAGGGGGAGAGAGAGAUACCUACCUGUGUAUUUUUGUUGUUGUUGCACAAAAGGUGGGGUCACUGUUAACCCUUUCAGUCCAGUUCAUUUGAUUCAAUGUAAAAAUGCAGAGAAGUUGCAAAUGCUGGUUUUAAAAAAAAAAAAGAGAGAAAAAAAAAUAACAUAUUAAAACUGCAGUAAAGUCAUUUUUUGCAGCCAACAUUUUGAGGAUGUCUGGAGUUUUGUAUUUUAGUGGAUUUAAGAAUUUAGUGGCCUCGUUACCAGUUUUUCUUUUGACUGGGUGACAAACCCUGAGCUGUUGGUGUGCUUUAGAGUAGGGUUUAGUGCACACUCUUGUUUCAGGAGGUUCAACUCUUGACACCCUUUUUCUCAGACAGAUCUCAGGUUCAGAGUUCAAUUUGCAUCCGAAACAAAAAGGAAAAAAAGCUACCCAUCUUUGUCUGUGCACUGUAACACUGCUCACGUUUAUUACUGAAUGGAGAAAGACUCCUUGAGCCGUCGACCGACUUUUAUCCCAGUUUGAAGGUCCAGAAUUUUCAGCUUUCUUUGGCCUGCUCAUAAAAAAAAAGACAACUCUGCAGAUCCAAAAUAAGUUGAAGGAAAAUAUUUUUACAGUGUAAUUCAAAACUCCAUGAUUGGAUGAAAAGUUUUUUUUAUUUGUUUUUUUUAUUAGUUAUAAAGAUGAUUUAACCCCAGA